AUGAGCAAUUUAGACAAUAAUGUGGAGUCUGAGGAAUGUACAUUUGAAGCAGGCUGCAGGACGCAUGAACCCAACCCAAUAUACAACAGCGGGCCCAUUGUGGAGGAGCCGGCGGAUCAACAGGUGGCCAUUUUGCCUUCGCUGGAGUCGACGCACGAGCUCGAUACAGCGCCGUCAGCCCAUAAUACUGCAUCAGUCCAAGAUACCUCGCAAGCACAUGAUAACGAAACUGACACAGAGUUAAAUAUUGAAAGUUCCGCCUGCCCAGAUAGAACGGCUCGCCCCGACAGAAUCAAAAAUCCACCAGCUCGGUUCAAAGAUUACAACGUCACACUGCCCCCAUCCAUCAACCACUCACAAGUUAGGUUUGUUAUCUUUGUUUGGCUCACGUAUAAAAGUGGUGAUCGCAAAUCUUUUGUUGAACCCGCCGAUGAUGAUUGCGCAUACACUAAAAGCUCCCAUGCCGAUGGCAAACCUUUUUUUGAACGCUGCACAGACACCAAAAGCCUCCAUGGCGACACGGGAAACCUUUGGAUGACCACUCCGCUUUUGUUGAUCCCUCCGUUGAUCAUGAUUGCCCUAAAAUCCACGCAACAACCUCCUCCUCGAUGUAAAAGUAGUUUCUCGAGUACUUCUCGCUUGACAAAGAAUUUCUCAUAUACUCCACCAACAUCCUCCCCCACGCGUCCUCUGUCUCUCCGUCUUUCUUCGAACCAUGCUGCAGUGCCUAUCUCUCCAGUCCUUAAAAAGAAACAAUCCAUAACUUUCGCUGAUGUGGAAGGAGUUGAUGCUGCCAAAGCUGAACUUCUCGAGAUUGUCUUAUGCAUUAAAGGAGAUAGUAAAUAUAUGAAACUUGGGGCGAAAUUACCACGAGGGGUUUUGCUUGCGGGUCCCCCGGGAACUGGAAAAACAUUGUUGGCCCGUGCAGUGGCCGGAGAAGCUGACGUGGCGUUUUUCUCGAUGUCUGCUAGUGAAUUUGUUGAGAUUUUUCCUGGUAGAGAUCUUUUCCAUGAUGCGAGAAAACGUUCACCGUCGAUUAUUUUCAUUGAUGAGAUAGACGCUGUUAUCUUUUAA